AUGGCAUGUCUCUGUUUGGUAACCGUAAUUGAUAUCUCAAGUGUUUCGAAAGGUGACACGAAGAAGCAUCACUCAGUUCUGAACCUGAGUUCGCUCACACGAUGCCUCUUGGACUCUACCAAGGAGCCCGAGUUCUUGGAUUGGUUAAAGAGGGUUAGCAGGAAAAUCCAUGAGUACCCAGAGUUGGCUUUCCAAGAACACGAGACUGGUCGACUCAUUAUAUCUGAGUUGGAGUCGCUUGGGAUUGACUACUCAUGGCAUGUUGACAAGACCGGAAUUGUAGCCACCGUGGGGUCUGGGGUAGAGCCCUGGUUUGGUCUUCGAGCUGACAUGGACGCCCUUCCUAUCCAUGAAAUUGUGGAGUGGGAGCAUAAGAGUAAGAAGAAUGGGAAGAUGCAUGCUUGUGGGCACGAUGCUCACGUGACGAUGCUACUAGGAGCAAGCAAGUUAUUACAACACAAGCGACACGAUUUGAAGGGCACUGUUAAGCUUGUUUUUCAGCCCGGGGAAGAGUCGUAUGUCGGUGGUUAUCAUAUGAUUAAAGAGGGUGCAGUCGAUACUGUCCAAGCCAUAUUCGGCCUACACGUCGCACCGGAAUUGCCCACCGGAACCAUUGGAUCCAGACCUGGCCCUAUGCUGGCCGGCUCUGCCAGGUUUCAAGUCAAAAUUCAGGGCAAAUCAGAGGAUGCUGCUCAGCCUCAUACGACUGCAGAUCCAGUACUUGCUGCAUCAUUUUCAAUCCUUGCACUCCAACACCUCGUUUCUCGAGAGACGAAUCCUCUUGAGUCCAGGGUUGUGUCGGUAGGGAUCGUUCAAUCCGGUCCAGCAGUGAAUACUUUCCCCGAAACAGUAACAUUCGGAGGCAAAUUUCGAAGCAUGACCAAUGAAGCAUUGUAUUAUCUACAUCUGAGGAUCAAACAGGUUAAUGUUAUCAAUCAACAAGCGACAGUACAUCGAUGUACAUCAACCAUAGACUUCCUCGAGAAGAAAAUGAGACCUUAUCCUGCAACUGUCAACGAUGAAUCGAUGUACGAACAUGGGAGAAAGGUUGCCGAAUAUGUGUUUGGAAAGUCUAACGUAUUACUGUAUCCAAUGGUGAUGGGGGCAGAAGACUUCAGCUUCUAUGCAAACAAAAUGGCGGCAGCCUACUUCAUGAUUGGAACAAAAAAUGAAACACGAAAACCAAACUACGGAUUGCAUUCGCCUUACUUGGUUAUUGACGAGGAUGUUCUUCCUAUUGGAGCAGCCAUCCAUGCUGCAGUAGCCAUGUCUUAUUUAGAUAAUGAGAGUCAUGGUGCUUUUAAAGAUCAGUAA